AUGCGUGCUGCCACCGUCCUUACCGUUGCCGCAGCCGUUGCUGCUCCCGUCUUUGUCAGUGCCGCUCCGAGCGAGCAUUACUCCCGGGAUCUCGAUGGGGAAGUUCUGGCUCGUCGGAUGUUCAAGGCCAUGGUGCAGGGCGCCGCGGACGGUGCCGGCCAAGGACUUGAGACGACGGUACACAGAUUUACAAAGCUGUCGAAGUCAAACAAACCUCGCCCGCGAGUCCGGUUACCGAAGUACGUCCCACCAGCGCAGAAAUCCAUCAAUAGCAGAGGGCUGCACAGCAUGGAGUGGUUUGACCACGGUGAUCGCGAGGACGACGACUUCCACCACGACGACCAAGAGCACUUCGAGCACUACGAUGAGGAGCUCGAGCACCACCACGACGAGGAGCACUUCGAGCACCACGUGCGGGAACUCGUCGCUCGCGCCCUGUUCAACGAACUCGACUGA